AUGGUGGCUAGUGAACAAAAGAAGAGGGCGAGCCAAGGGAAGCCUCAUUUUCUUAGAAAGCUAAACCAUUUUAAACUUAGUAACCACGACCAAAACAUGCUGACUAGGGAGGCUCUUCUAUACAUUGCCAUGCUCAAACUCAAGAUAGAAGCUCUGCAGAAGGAACCUGAAGUUUUCAAGGAGGUAAAGGUGGAGAAGCUUGGGGAAGGGUUUCAAGUAAAGAUAAAAAGUCUAAAGGGAGACGAUAAGCUUGUGAACAUUCUUCAAGCAUUUGAAGAUUUGGGGUUGAGUGUGACUCAAGCAAGGGCUUCAUGCCGAGAUACAUUUGCCAUGGAAGCCAAUGUUGUACCUCAAUCUAAAGACAAGAUGUGGAGUGUUGAUGAUAUUACCCAUAUUCUGGUUAAAGCUCUUGUCAAGCCAAGUGGUCCGGUUUAACAUUUAGGAGGGAAAAGGACUAAAGAAGAAAAGAAGAAGCUCAAAAUUUGUUUCAUAUCUUGAGUUUCAAUUUCGAAUAGAGACUUUUAAAUAUAUAUAUAUAUAUAUAUAUGACCUUGUUCUGAAACUCAGUUUAGCUUCUGUAACGUAGCAGAUCCAUAGAAAAUUCAAGUUUAGA